AUGCAGUUUCUAGAGUAUAUCGUCUUCAUCACGGCACUUGCAGGGCAAACCCUUGCAGGAACGACCAAAGUCAAAUUGCGCGCAGACUCCAAGCACAGCGAGAUUGACGGCAACCCCAUGUACUACAUGCACGAAGGAGCUACUUCCAACUACUUUUUCGUUGAAUACCCCGAAGCUUUCCAAGUCAAUGCCGCGCUGAAUUCAGAUGCUGGUCCCGAAUUGACCUACGAUGAUGAAACGAAGAUCAUUUACACCGAGGUGAACGAGCAUCUCACGCUCAACUUUUCGCUGAAUGGCGGUAUUGUGCAGUUGAGCGGUGUUGCGCCUGUCCCUGUUGAAAUUGACCCCGCGAGUGGAGAGUUGAAGUUUGAAGGCAGCGACCAGAUUUUCGCGGCCAAGAAUAUCAAUGAUCCGUUUGGGUUUUCUAAGGACCGUUAUGCUGUUGUUGUUGGGGACCGGUUUGGCGGGUUGCCGAUGGUUAUUGUUGCCAACUUUGUUUGA